AUGCCACCAAAAGACAACAAGAAGAUACCCAACAAAAGUGCUACAUCGUCGGGAGCAGGAUUGAAUCCAACAUCAACACCUACAGAAAAGAAAAAACUGGAUGCUCGUAUCAAAACUUUAAUAGAAAAUUGUGUAAAGAAGAGACAUAGAUCAUUUUUUGUUGUUGUUGGAAACAGAGCACGUGAACAAUUGGUGCAUUUGCACUACAUGUUAGCAAAGGCUAGAGUUAAGACAGCACCAUCUAUUUUGUGGUGUUAUAAAAAAGAAUUGGGAUUUAUUGCAAAUAGAACCAUAAUUAAAAACUAUGGAAAACAAGGAGAUGAAGAAGUUCAAAAACAUUUAAAUACCCCAUUCAAUUUAUUCCUUUCUGCUAAUGAAAUUCGUUAUUGUUAUUUCAAGGAAACUCAAAAUAUUCUUGGUAAUACAUAUGGAAUGUUGGUUUUACAAGAUUUUGAAGGUGUUACUCCAAAUGUUUUGGCAAGAACUGUGGAAACAGUUGAAGGAGGAGGCAUGGUUGUUUUGUUACUUCCAGAAAUGAAUUCUCUUAAACAACUUUACACAAUGACUAUGGAUGUUCACUCUCGUUUUAGAACAGGCCAUGAGGAUGUGGAAAUUACAGCUAGAUUCAAUGAAAGAUUUCUUUUAUCUUUGGCAUCUUGUAAGAAUUGCCUAGUUGUGGAUGAUCAACUUAAUAUUUUACCUAUUUCUUCUCAUAUUAAGGACAUCAAACCAAUAGUUUUACAAGAAGAAGAAAGAUUGGAAAAUCACAUAUUAUCUCCUAAGGAAAAGGAUCUUGUUGAUCUCAAACACAAAUUAGAAGAGAAUCAACCUCUUGGAACAUUAGUUUCUCAAGCAAGAUCACUUGACCAAGCUAAAGCUAUUCUUAAAUUUGUGGAUGCAAUUUCCGAAAAGUCUCUUCAAACUACUGUUGCCCUUUUGGCUUCAAGAGGUAGAGGUAAAUCUGCAGCUUUAGGUCUUGCUAUUGCAUCUGCAGUUUCAUACGGCUAUUCAAACAUAUUUGUGACAUCACCAAGCCCUGAGAACUUGAAAACACUUUUUGAGUUUAUAAUCAAGGGUUUAGAAGUUCUCAAAUACAGGGAUCAACAAGAUUAUGAAAUUGUUCAAUCAACAAAUCCAGCUUUUAAUAAUGCUGUAGUUAGAUUGAAUAUAUUCAAAAAUCACAGACAAACAAUCCAAUAUAUCCAACCAGAAGAUAGUCAAAAAUUAGGUCAAUGCGAGUUAUUGGUAAUUGACGAAGCUGCUGCUAUUCCAUUACCUCUUGUUAAAAAGCUUUUAGGACCUUAUUUGAUUUACAUUUCUUCAACUAUUAAUGGUUAUGAAGGAACAGGUAGAUCUCUUUCUUUGAAGCUUUUAGAACAAUUGAAGGAAAAAGGUCAAAAACAAACAGGAAAACAGCUCACAUCAGCAAGAAAAUACUUUGAAGUUAAGUUGGAAGAGCCAAUCAGAUAUGGAGAAGGAGAUUCCAUUGAAAGAUGGUUAUAUGACGUUUUGUGUCUUGAUGCUACUUCUGCAGUACCAUUAAGUUCCAAAUGUCCUCAUCCUUCUGAUUGUAACCUUUACUAUGUUAACCGUGACACACUUUUUUCAUAUAAUCAAGCUUCUGAGGCUUUCUUACAUAAUAUGAUGUCUCUCUACGUAUCAUCUCACUACAAAAACACACCAAAUGACCUUCAAUUAAUGUCUGAUCAUCCAUCUCACCAUUUAUUUGUAUUGCUUGGUCCAAUUGAUGAAAAUAGCGCAACAUUGCCAGAUAUUUAUUGUGUUAUCCAAGUUUGUAUGGAAGGUAAAAUUAAUAGACAAACUGUUCUUGCAAAUUUAUCAAAGGGUCUUAACCCUGGAGGAGAUUUGAUUCCUUAUUUGGUAUCAAGACAAUACCAGGAAUCUGAUUUUGCUGCCUUGUCAGGCGUAAGAGUUGUAAGAAUUGCUACUCAUCCAGAGUAUAAGAGAAUGGGCUAUGGUACCAGAGCUCUUGAACUUUUAACUAAAUAUUACCAAAAUGAAAUUCAAAACCUUGAUGAUACACUCGAAGAAGACGAGAAGGAAACUGUUAAUGAAGUCAGAGCUGUAGGAUUGGCUAAUGAAAUUAUAAAACCUCGUGGUAAAAACGAACUUCCUCCAUUACUUCAAUCACUUGAAGAGCGAUCUCCAGAGCAAAUUCACUACAUGGGAGUUUCAUAUGGUAUGACACAACAACUUUAUAAUUACUGGAAGAAGAACGGAUUUGCUCCAGUCUAUAUUCGUUUAACCUCUAAUGAACUUACAGGAGAACAUUCAUGUGUAAUGUUGAAGUCACUUUCUACAACUCCUGAAGAUACAAGAAAUUGGCUGAAUUCCUUUGUUGAAGAUUUCAAACGAAGAUUCCUUGCAUUACUUUCCUACGAUUUCUCUACAUUCAACGCAGCACUUACACUCAGUAUCUUGGAUUACAAGAUGGAAGAUAAUAAUGAGUUAGGAAACAAAUCACUUACUGUUUCUGAAAUGGAUCAAUAUCUCUCCAAGUUUGAUUUGAAGAGACUUGCCUCUUAUUCAAAGAACUUGGUUGAUUAUCAUGUAAUUCUAGAUUUACUUCCAACUUUAACAAGAUUUUUCUUUUUGAAUAAGAUGCCAUUUAACUUGUCAUAUGCCCAGGCAGCAAUCUUGUUAGGUGUAGGUUUGCAACAUAAAAAAAUAGAAGAUGUUGGAAAGGAUAUUGAUUUGCAAAGUAAUCAAAUCUUGGCCCUCUUCAAUAAGAGUAUUAGAAAGUUUGUUAAAUACUUC